UCUUCGGCAGUGGUCACGAAACUCAAAAACUAAAUUCGAAAACUCACGGAGAAAUCCGUGGAUUUCGAAAUCUGAGAUUAGGUUUCGAUGAAGUAGUUGGAGAGGAAAGCUCAUCCUCUCCUAUCUCGCCCGCCACUGGAGGUUACGGGAAAGAUCUUUUCCGUAGGUGUUAUAUCCGAUUUCGAGAUCCAGAGGAUAAGAAUUCAUGGAACAUGUUCCGACAACUGAUUGCUACGGGUGAUUCGCCGAUCAUCGUGAGGGAAAUUCCGUUCGAUUUGAUAGUGCGUCUUUAGGGAGUGAGGAUCGAACAACCAUGACCAGACAAACUGCCAAAAUUUAACAACCAGCUAAACUCGUGGGUCCCGACCCGUCCCCUCGAGUUCAUCUUGACUUGAUUAUAACUUAAUAGCUAAGGACACAAUAUUAUAUAGGUCGUUCCCAUCACUCUCUAUUCAGUAGUCACGAAGAAAGAAACCAAAGUAAUGGAGGAGUCUCUGCUCUCAGAGAGAAGGAGUGAAUCUGGAGACAGGGAGAGCGAGAAGUGGAGCUCCUAUCAGUAUGUAGGGAGGACUGGCUCUGUGAUUCCUACUGCUUCGUUGAAGGGAACUGAGGUCAGCGUUGACGAGAUUCGAUCUGCCGCUUCGUCGGGUUACUAUCCACCAUCGAUUCAUGCUCCCCUUGUCAGCGCCCCGGAGUCUGAUCAUGAUGAGCAAGCUACUGUAUGUCAAAGUGCAUAUGGGGGAGAGUAUAGUAGCAAUGCUGGUGAAUUUCAGAGGCAAAUAUUGGAUGAAGUAGAAAUAAGAGAGCUGCUUAUUGAUCAUGUUGGUCAUCGCUGCUGUUGGGGAAGUCGUCCAGCCCGGACUAUUCAUGUGGUGGAAGACUGUAAUGUUUAUGUGGGUACUCUUGAAACUUUCAUAGAGGAUCGGGAAACUGUAAGAGAGACAGAGCCAUACCAUGGUGGCAGCAUUGAUGGAAAAGAUGAAGGGCCUGAACUUGGCUUUUGGGAAUUGGAUCUAAGGUCUCAGUUUCCUGUUCUUUUUGUACCCUAUAAAGAAACACAGAUCAGAAUUCCUCAUUCUGAAACCAUUGAAAAAUGCCCAGGUUGUACAGGAAGAGGUGAUAUCGUGUGUCCUACAUGUAAUUCAGAUCAAGAAAAACAGAUGACUCAAUGUCUUGCCUGCCAAGGAAGGGGUUUAAUUGCUCAUGGAGAUGGAUCUGAUACGAUGUGCACAAAAUGUAAUGGAAAGGGAAAGAUUCCUUGUGCAACUUGUGGAUCUUGUGGUCUUAUAAAGUGUGAGAAGUGCCAUGGAAGUGGUUCUCUCUUGACACGCAGUGUAGCCAUUGUUCGAUGGAAAACCUUUUCAACUCGGAAAGUAAGUGCAACAAAUGGAGCAGCAUCAGUUCCUGAUGAAGUUUUCCACAGGGCCAAAGGUGUCCAGUUGUGCAAUACUCAAGCAUAUCAGUGCACUCCAGCCUUUUUUGCUGACUCGUACUUUCUCAAUAAGUUUUCUUCUGAGGUUAUUGCAGAUAGGGCUUCUGUGCCUCCUACUGCCAGGGUCAUAUGUGAGAGGCAUGCCAUCAAUGUUGUACCAGUGACACGUGUCACUAUGGCUCAUCGUGGCCGUUCUUUCUGUUACUAUAUCAUUGGUUUUAGCAGGGAGGUGUACCUCAAGGACUACUAUCCCUCCAGGUUCUGCUGGGGGCUGUGUCCCUGCUUGGAAUGGUUGAAGUUGUAAACAUGCAAAUAUCUUCAAGAAACCAUAGAAAUUGAGUUUACGAAGCUACUCACUGCUGCUGGCGAAAUGAUUCCCUUGAUUUCACGUGGUCAACAGACUGGAGACUGAUAUUGGUGGUACUUCGUUGAAUUCAUGAGUGAUAUUUUGUGCCUUUUGUUCUUAUAUUUGUAUGUUUUAUGUAUUCAGGCUCAGCCCUGAACAACAAUGCUUCUUUGUUAUCACCUGUUCUGUGUAUAAGGGAACUAUAGUGUUUUCUGUAUCUUUGUGAGCUCUGUUUUCUAGACCA